AUGUCAUGCGACGAGAUCCCCAUGGAUAUUCUGUUCUCCGAGAGCGGCGAGUGCUCCACGGCACCGACCAGCGCGAGCGCAAGUCCACUGUUUCGCCCAUCGGACAUUGAUGACCCUAAGCUGGUGCUUCCUGAUUCAAGCCCAUCCAAUGAAGAACACCAGGGAGCAUAUCCGGUUGAGAACGUGUGUGUGAUAGGCGCGGGUUAUGUUGGAGGACCCACCGCCGCCGUUCUAGCGAUUCAUAACCCUGCCAUCACAGUGGAAGUUCUCGAUCGAGACCAGAAGCGGAUCAAGCAAUGGAAUUCGCCGCAUCUUCCUGUCCACGAGCCGGGAUUAGACUCCCUCGUCAGUGUUGUUCGGGAUGGUGUGAAGAAUGACAACAAUGACCUCCAGCGGCAGCGGAAUUUGUAUUUCACAUCCGACUCUGCACGGGUGAUAGCCAAGGCCGAUAUCAUCGUCAUUUCAGUGGGCACCCAAACUAAAAUGUUCGGCGUGGGUGCGGGGUCUGCUACGAAUAUGACCGCCUUUGAUGGUGCCUUGAUGGAUAUUGCAGCUUAUGCGAAAUCGGGUACCAUUAUCGUGGAGAAGAGCACAGUCCCCGUUGGGACAGCGGACCGAGUGAGAAAAACGCUUGCCGCCCAUCGUCCGGGGGCCUUUUUCGAAGUUCUGUCGAAUCCUGAGUUUCUUGCGGAGGGAUCCGCCAUUGAGAAUCUCAUGACGCCCGAUCGCGUUUUGAUCGGAUCGACUGCGACACCCGCUGGCCGGAAGGCCGCUCGCACACUGGCCAGCCUCUAUGAAGCCUGGGUUCCAACAAAUCGAAUCCUGGAAACAAACACGUGGUCAUCUGAGCUUGCAAAGCUUGUUGCCAAUGCCAUGCUGGCUCAGAGGAUCAGUAGCAUCAACUCCAUCAGUGCGAUCUGUGAGCGAACCGGUGCGGAGGUAGAUCAGGUGGCUAAGGCAAUUGGGAUGGAUGCCCGCAUUGGGCCACACUUCCUUAAGGCUGGACUAGGCUUUGGAGGCUCCUGCUUUCGUAAGGAUAUCGCUAGUCUGGCAUAUCUGGCGGACUGUCUGGGUCUGGAUGACGUGGCUGUCUACUGGCGACAAGUUAACCUUAUGAAUGAGCAACAACGAGAUCGCUUUACUCGGAAGGUUAUUCAGCGCUUUGAUGGGAACUUGGUUGGGCAUAAGAUUGCAAUGCUUGGUUUUGCUUUUAAGAAGGGUACCCGAGACACUCGAGAUUCGUUGGCUGUGGAUGUUAUUCGAUUGCUUCUAGAAGAACGACCGGCGGAGAUUACCAUCUUUGAUCCCUAUUGUCGCGAAGAAGAUAUCAUGCGGGAACUAGGUCCCGGAAUCACAGAGAUAGGGACUGUGAAGGUUCACAGUGACCCAUAUCUUGCCUGCUCGCUCGCACAUGCAAUUUUACUGGUGAAUGAUUGCGAGGAGUUUCGCUAUACUCCGACAAAGAAAUCCACCUGGAGCAUCUCCCCUCAAUGUAUGGAUGACAAACCCACCGCCACCGAGCCUCUUGAUUGGCCACGUAUUGCAUACAAUAUGGUUGAACCCAAAUGGUUGUUCGAUGGACGGGGAGUGUUGAAUGUGGUGGAUUUGGAGAAGCUUGGCGUGCGUGUCGAUCGUAUUGGGCGACGCACAAUUCUUUGA